AUGGGGAACUGGAAAACACGCAAAUGGAAUUGCUUGGAUGUUUCUGUGUGCUUCGCUUUGUUGUUGUUCAUCGGGAGACCAGUCUCUGCCCAGAUACGAUAUACUGUUCCGGAGGAGGUGAAAAAGGGAUUUGUUGUUGGAAAUAUUGCAAAGGAUUUGGGUCUCGACACUGGUUCUUUGGUGGAAAGGCGGUUCCGCAUCGUUUCAGGAUCAGAGGAGCCUCUUUUCGAGGUAAACCAGAACAAUGGCAUUUUAUACGUGCACAGAAAGAUUGACCGAGAGGAACUCUGUGAAAGCAGCGCCUGUUUGACCAAUUUAAAGAUUGUUGUUGAGAACCCGCUGGAAAUUCAUUAUGUAGACGUUGAAAUCACGGAUGUAAAUGAUAAUUUCCCCAAAUUCCGAGAGACUGAACAGCAUUUUGACAUAGCGGAACAUACGGUUGCGGGGACACGUUUUCAGGUUCAAGGCGCACAGGAUCCCGAUUUAGCAAGUAAUUCUGUUCGCUUUUAUAAACUUAACCAGAAUGAUCAAUUUGACAUUGAGACCAGGGAGAGACAUGAAGAAAAAAUACCCUUCAUUGUUUUGAAGAAAGCCCUUGACAGAGAGACGCAGAGUACACACAGGCUUGUGCUGACAGCGAUAGAUGGGGGAAAUCCUCCGAAAUCAGGAACCCUAAAUAUUACAGUUACAGUUCUUGACUCGAAUGACAACCGCCCUGUAUUCAGUCAGGAGACGUAUGCUGUUGACCUGAAAGAAAAUGUUCCUGUCGGAACAAUAGUAAUUAAAAUAAAAGCAACCGAUUUGGAUGAGGGCUCAAAUGGUGACGUCGAGUAUGCACUCGGCAGAAAUUUGAAUCCUAAGGUGUAUGAAGUGUUUCAGCUAGAUAGCAUAACAGGUGAAAUACGAGUUAAAGGCAAAGUGGACUAUGAGAAUACUCAGAUAUAUAAAUUGGACGUGGAUGCAUCCGAUAAAGGACAGCCACCUUUGACAGUGGAAUCUGGUCUCAUCAUCAAGAUUAUUGACGUAAAUGACAAUACUCCAGAUAUUGACGUGACUUCAGUUUCUAAUAUCGUGUCUGAGAAUUCCAAAACGGGGACCGUUAUCUCACUCAUAAGUGUAACAGAUAAAGACUCAGGCGACAACGGGAAAGUUACAUGUUCUCUGUCGGACAAUGUGCCAUUUGAACUAAAACCAUCAUUCAAAAAUAACAUGUACUCGCUGGUGACCAAAGGGCACUUGGAUAGGGAAGUGACUUCACACUACGAAUUAAUAAUAACAGCAACUGACUUUGGUCAACCUCCUUUGUCUACCUUCAAAACUUUGAAAAUAGAAAUAUCAGAUGUUAAUGAUAACGGUCCACAAUUUCCACAGAAUCCUAUAGAGCUUUACCUGGAGGAAAAUAAUGCACCUGGCGCCUCCAUAUUUUCCGUUACUGCGUCUGACAGAGACUUGGAUGAGAACGCUGCCAUUACAUAUCACAUUGUGAGAAAUGAGGAAAAGCAAAAUGACAUGGCCUCUUUUUUAAACAUUAAUGCUGAUAAUGGGCAUGUCCAUGCGUUGAAAAGCUUUGACUUUGAGAAGGUAAAAACUUUUCAGUUUCAGAUUCUCGCGAAAGACUCUGGAAGUCCUCCUCUCAGCAGUAACGUUACAGUAAAAGUGUAUAUUCUUGAUCAAAACGACAACCCCCCAGUCAUUUUGUCUCCUAUCAGUGCCAAUGGCUCUGCAGAAGGUGUCGAGGAGAUUCCACGAAACGUGAACGCAGGGCAUCUCGUCACGAAAGUGAAAGCUUAUGACGCCGACGUAGGAUACAACGGGUGGCUACUAUUUUCAAUUCAUCAAGUCACUGAUCACACUCUCUUUGGACUUGACCGUUACACAGGACAGAUAAGAACUCUUCGGCCAUUUACAGAGACAGACGAGGCUGAACAUAAACUGACCAUAGUGGUCAAAGACAAUGGAAAUGUUUCACUCUCAGCUACAGCAACAGUAACCAUCACCGUUGUUGAGCCAAAAGAAGCUUUUGCAGCGUCUGAUGUCAAAAGCACAGUAAACGACGAGGAUGAGAGUAACGUUACAUUUUAUUUGAUUAUCACCUUAGGCUCGGUGUCUGUGCUCUUUAUCGUCAGUAUCGUAGUGCUCAUAGCUAUGCAGUGUUCCAAAUCUACAGACUACUCCUCCAAAUACUUACAAGACACGAACUAUGAUGGGACACUAUGCCACAGCAUCCAAUACAGAUCUGGAGAUAAACGGUACAUGUUAGUUGGACCCAGAAUGAGCAUCGGCUCCACUAUUGUUCCUGGAAGUAACGGAAAUACUCUUGUCGUACCAGAUCGCAGGAGCAGAAUAUCCGGAGAGGGUCAGAUGUUUGGAUAG